AUGUUACACCAGCGCAACGCCUCUAGUGGGCCGAUGCAGGUGCAAAGGCCAACAGUGCACCUAGAGUAUCCACCCUCCGUUCCUCGCUCUACCGCGCAUUCUUCCAACACAUACCACCAGUUCAGCGGAUCUGCUUCUGCACCGCCUCGACCUCCAGCGUCGUUCACCCGCAGCUCAGAUAGUAUCCCAGUGCUGAGUAGGCCAUCAUUAAAUCACUCGUCGCGCCAGUCCUCAUCGGAGUCGAUUGACUCCGUCACCACCGCUAUCUCCUUCAACCACGUCUCUCCGGCCGGCAGCUUGGACGCUGGUCUGCCCGAAGAAGAAGACCUCAUUCAAGUCGUUUACACUUCAUCAGCACGUUCUCGUCAAAUGACUAAAGACGAGGUCAAGUCGAUUCUCCGUACUUCUCGCACCAACAAUACUUGCAAGGGAAUCACUGGUCUCCUCCUCUACCAUGACGGUUCUUUCGCGCAAUUCUUGGAAGGACCAGCAGCAGCUGUUGAUGCGCUUUAUCACAAAAUCGAACACGAUCCACGACACCACGGCGUCAUCCGCGUUUUGCGACAGCCUGUUACCAAGCGUGAUUUCAAGCAGUGGAGCAUGGCGUUCCGUGACCUAGACAUGAUUCACAAGCGCUCUCCAUCCGCAAGCUCCGACGAGGUUGGAGAUGAGAUGGCACCAGAAAACCAUGUCAACGAAGGGUUCAGCCAGCUCAUGAACGUCGGUCUGCGUGUAGGCGAUGCUAACGACAACGACUACCGUCCCGACGCUUAUGGUCAUGCUAAGCUCGAUCUUCCGGCUGACAUGUCAGUUCCUAUGCGAAAGCUGGUUUCUACUUUCUACCGGCUUAUGGAUAGGCCCCUCUAA